UAGAAUCGCUGUCCUGUGGCAGAGGAUUGUUUUCUUUGUGCAGAGGGAAAGUGCGCGUCAGUGUUCGUCAGUGGAAUUCUUUACGAGGAUAGAAAACCAUGGCGGAAGAUUGCAUCAACGCCGAUUAUCUCGGAGCGUAUCACCGUUUUUUCGUCGAAUUUGUUGCCAAGAUGAAUCCUGACGAUCAGCUGCCUGUAACAGUGAGCUCGUACAACGUCACCGACGCUGAGAUCGUCGGUGAGAUUAUCAACGUUACUCUACAAUAUCUGAGCCAAAUGCAAUGCCCGCCAUGCUUGCAAGGACACUUGGUUCAUCAAAUAUUACAGGAAACCAAAUCCAUGUGCAAAAAACAAGCAGCACAUUAUGGUUUCAAUACACAAGAGAGAACAUAUAAUUUUUUUAAAUUAAUGACAGCCAUUGUCACUAGAGUUAAUGAGAUGUGCAUUCGCUAUCUAGAAAGUAGUAGAUUAGCAUUACUACCACCUCCUCCUUGUACACCAUUGCCACAGGUAGCAGCAGGUGGAAACAAAAAUAGAAGAAAAAUGGAGGACCGCCAUAUAGUCCUGCAUGAUUUACAUGCUACCUACGGUAUUAAGAAUAAGUCUGUGGCAAAUUAUUAUGGAGUAUUUGAUGGACAUGCAGGACAUGAUGCAGCUGUCUAUACUGCUGCGCAUCUUCAUCAGUAUUUAAUGGAAAGCAUAUAUUAUCCAACUGAUAUACAGCGUGCCUUACACGAAGCUUUUAUUACUACAGACACACAAUUUAUAGAGAAGUCUAAAACACAAAAAGUAUUCGGUGGAACUACAGCAGUUUGUGCUUUGUUGUUAAAAAGAACAUUAUACAUUGCCUGGGUAGGAGACUCUUCAGCUAUGCUAAUAAGACGUGACAGUAUUGUUCAAGUAGUAAAUCCUCAUCGCCUUCAUCGUUACGAUGAAGUACUAAGAAUACGAAGGAUGGGAGGAGUAGUGAUGCGAAGUGCUGGAAUCAUGCGAGUCAAUGGAGUCUUAAGCGUGUCAAGGGCAAUAGGUGAUGCUCGGUAUAAACCAUUUGUAACGGCCAAUCCAGAAGUCAAGUGCAUCCCUUUGGAUGGCGCAGAGGAUUUCCUAGUUCUCGCCACGGAUGGAUUGACAGAUUUCGUGGAUCCUGCGGACAUAGUAACCAUCCUCUACCAUGAAAUACAACGAAAUCCGAACGGAUUGAAACGUGCUCAUCACAUCCUGCUGGAGUGGGCGAAGUACGCAGGCUCGAAGGACAACAUCACCUUGAUCGUGAUUCUGUUAAACCCAGCCGCUAAGAUCGCAGCCAGGCCCCCGAGGGCCCAUCCGUCCUAUCGCAUGCAAGUGGAGGAUAUACUCGAGAAAAUGAACUCGAAGGACAAACCGCUGUACCUGGACAUCGACGACGCGCACAACGCGAUCAACUCGAACAUACUGAAGCAAACGAUGCUCCCGCAGGAAACAAGGGAUCAGGGUGACGCAGGAAUUCUUGCGGCCAGCAACGGGAAACACGAAAACGGCGAUGCAGAAUACGAUUACUCGGAUUUGGGGCCUGAGACCGACGUCGACGCGAUCGACGACGUCGCCACGAUGCCUGUGAAGAAUCUGUCCUACGAAUUUUACAAAGACGACUAUUCGAAGCCGGACGAAGACCGCAGGGACACGAAUUUACUGGACAACGUGGUUGUAAACGUGCCGGAAGUGAACGCGAAACACCAACCGGACGCGGAGAAUAAUUUACGCGAGGAUGACGACGACGACGACGACGACGACGACGACGACGACGACGAUGACGAUGACGAUGACGACGAUGAUGAGGAGAACGAAGUUCUCGAUAAGUUUGCGGUGCCACAAAUAGUCCAGCAGAUAGCGCCGGAACAGAUUCGCGAGGAUAAUUUUGGAAUAAUGAACGAACCAGUUCGCGAACGGAUCGAAGACAGUGUGGAUGACGAGGAGGAGAUACUGAUAAAGAAUGAAGAUCGUGUCGAUGACGAGCGUGACGUCGUCGAUGAUGCUCGACCUGUAGACUACGAUGACUCGCCGCCCUCGCCGCAGGCUAACAAACCUCUUCAGCAUGCACUGAUCCCUGAAGCGGAUAAUGUAGCGGACAGCGAGGAUUCGGAAGACGAGUGGAAUUACUACCGCGUUGAUCCGAACAAAGAAAAGGACUCAGUAACGCCCGUUAGCGAGACGCAGGAAGCUAAGAACAACGAGGAAACUGCAAGUCCAGAGGUGGUUCCUGUCGAAGAUAACGAAUCAAAUAUCCAGUCCGAGAACGUACAGGAGGAUAUUAAAUGCGAAAGUUUGAAGGAAGAGUCGUUUGAGCUUAUUAACCCAGAGAUUAGCGCAGAGAAAAAAGACGAUCAACAAGAGAAAGCUUUCGCAGAAGAACAAGAGCAAUCAAAAGACAUGGAAUCUCAACUAAAUCCGGAUGCUGAAGAAUUUGUUCCAGUCUCGCCUCAGUUUGUGGGAAACAGAAUGAACAAUUUCGUGGAAGAUUAUCCUAUCUCUGGUUCGCCUUUGAAACAGGUUGCACACAUGGAUGAUGUUCAAGUGCCCAGUCAAAGGGAAUUCGAUGAGGAAGUUUGUCAGCGACCGAGAGAAGUCGAAUCCGAGGACAAAGAAUAUGAAAACGGAGUGGAGUUGCAUCGUAUCGAUGAUACGGACUUGAUGGCUGACCGACAGAAAACCAUUGGUUUCCCCGGAAAUCUGGACGAUUCCGAGAUCUCAUCAACAAAGGCCGAAUUCGGCGACGAAUCGUCGGCCAGUUUCGCAACCGCCACCGAAUUCCAUAGAACCGGUAUCUCAACGGUUGACGAAUCGUUUUCGAGUUCUGAACGCGAUUAUGAUAUCGCCAAAGACCCUAUGGCUAUGUCUUUUACACCCAGUGAGUUUGAAGCGGCAUUUGACAAAGGUGUCGACUUGAACGCCGUUCACGAUCUUAGUAACACCGAUUUAGACGACCAGAACGGUAUCAUGGAGGUGGAAGAAGUACUACAAGACCUAAGGGCAGAAUCGCCAGAGUUGCAACUUGAACUCACCACCUUGAUUUCCCCUGAAGCUGAACAACCGGCACACACGCAAGUCUUCCCCGGAGAGCCCGCAGAACUCGUGAACCUGUCUUCGCAACAAGAUGACAGCGAAGCCACUUUCAUCGAACAUGCGGAUGAAACAAAAUCUCCCAUCGACUUUCUGAACAUGCAGUCGGAGUCUUCCCAAAUGGAACUAAAAGAAACCAUGAGAUCCGAGCAUUCUCCACUGACGGAGAAUUAUUCUGCAGAGUUCGAGUUUGAAAAGGAAGCAGUCUUCGUCGACAUCCAGCAACCCCUGUCACCGUCUAGCGCCGACAUCGACAAGACAAAACCCAUAGAUGAAACCAGUGAGGAAGCAGUUCUAUCAGGAAUUGAUUUCCCAAAGGAAACCCGUGCAAAUGAUGCAGACACACCUUUCUCGUUAUCACCUAUUCCUGACGCGAUAGAGAGUGACCCUGUAGCGCGAACACAGAGUCCAACUGUCUCUUCUAUGCAUCAGUUUUCACUGCAUGCCGAUGCUCCGGAAUUCACACCUGGACAUUUUAAUUUCGAAUCGCAUUCCACGAAAACUGAUGACGUUGGCCAAUUGCUUUCUGCAAAAGAGGGCGACGUCUGCUUAUCUCCUUCGGCACAAUCGGCUGACGUAUGUUUGUCUUCGCCCGCAGAAGCAAUCGACAGUUGUCCAUCCUAUCCCACGAAAAUAGUCGACGUUUCCGAAUCAGUUCCAGUAGAAACAAAUGAUAUUUCCACAUCGUCUCUCAUGGCGAUUAAUAAUGUUUGCGACUUGUCGCCGAUGGAAGUGAAUGAUGUUUGCGAAUUCACCACAAAGAAAGCGAAUGAUGUUUUCGAAUUCACCACAAUGAAAGCCAAUGAUGUUUGCGAAUUCACCACAAAGAAAGCGAACGAUGUUUGCGAAUUCACCACAAUGAAAGCCAAUGAUGUUUGCGAAUUCACCACAAAGAAAGCGAACGAUGUUUGCGAAUUCACUACAAUGAAAGCCAAUGAUGUUUGCGAAUUCACCACAAUGAAAGCCAGUGAUGUUUGCGAAUUCACCACAAUGAAAGCCAAUGACGUUUGCGAAUCCCAUCCUGCGGAAACUACAGAUUUGUCUGAACCGAUUGAACAACAUUUGAAUCUAGAUAAGCAGCCUGUUGACGAGAAACUUUCCGAAUCGGUAUGCCCAGAAACGUUGCAAGAGAAGUUCCUGGUCUUCGGCGAAGACCAGGAAAUUCCUAUUAAAAGUCAUAUCGACGCUGAACCAACACCACCACCUUCCCCGCGGGAUGUUACUGAAAAAGUUGUACUAGAAGUUGACGAUCUCCUUUGUCCUAUUAAGUCUAUUCCCGAACCAGAAGCCGAGAAAGUUAUUGAAUCAAAAGAAACUCCUAUGGAGGUCGAAAUCAACGAUGCUAAGUCGCUUGAAGUAGUAGAAGAACCAGUGAAAGAAACUGUUUUGUGUUUAUCUGAAUCUAUGCAGGAAUUUACGGGCCUGGAGUGUCAAUUGCAACCGAAAUCGGAGGAUGUUCCGGUAUCCGACUUUGUUCCGAAACUCCAAGAAGAAAUUCUGGAAAAACAGGAAAUAAAAGAAAUAAUGGAAACCGAGGGACCAGAGAAACCAUUAGAACCAGAGAAACCGUUGGAACCGGAAAAACCUUUGGAACCAGAGAAACCGUCAGAACCAGCUGUCGAACAGGAAUGUAAAGCGCAGCAGGAGGAAAAAGUUGAGGUAACUCUUCCAGAAGUGAAAAAACCUGACGUAGAAAGUGCACCUCAGAUUUCCGAAAGUAAAAUCACAGAAACUGCCGCGAUAACAGUUGCAGCAGCAGCCGCUGCUGUUGCAGUAGCUACGACGGUCCAGAGUAAAGGAAAAGCAAAGCCUGCUACAAAAGCAACGAAAACCGCAGGUACGAAGACUGCGCAGAAAUCAACGCCAACAUCUCCUUCCAAGACAGUAACUUCUACAACGCGGACAUCAGCCGGGACAGCGAAAAAACCAGCGACAACUCCAACAGCUCGUCCAAAGGACUUGGACGCUCCGAAGAAGGUUAUAUCCUCAAGCACAUUGACCAACAAAGUGGUGGCGGCCAAGCCUUCUACAAAAACGACCAGCACAACCUCCACAGCAAAAUCCGCGAUCAGGGUGAGCUCUACCACUGCCGCGAAACCAAAACCCGCCACGACUGCUUCGAAACUGGCUCCUAGCGACAAGAAGCCCACAGCGAAUGGCGACGUAAAGCCGCCAAGCAAACUAACCGCAGCAGCCAAGCCUACUGUCACCAAGACAGCACCGACGGCCAAGACCACCUCGCUAACGAGAACCUCGACAACACGCGUAUCAUCCCUGACGUCGACAACGAAGACGAGAUCUGCGUCUGCUACGACGACCACCAAACCCAGCACAACCACAAGAACCAGCACCACUACGACCGCAACCAGCACCACUACGACCGCAGCCAGCACGAGACCCAAGACAACCCCAGCCGCUGGAAACGCGACCAAGUCCCGACCGUCAACAGGCAAACCUCCUAUCAUCGAUAAACAAGUCAAGGAAACAGCGAACAAACAGAUUUCCAUGGCACGAACCAGCACCACCAAGACGACGACUCGUCAGUUCCCUUCCAGUCCCAAUACAAACACCACGGUGAAACGCGUAUCAUCAACGACGAAGACUACCACAACGCCGUCGCCCAUCAAGAAGGCCAGCACUGCAGUGCCGAAAGUGACCAACAGAGUUACAAUCGACGGUAAAACCGAGAAAGGAAAGGUUCUGCAGAACGGAGUGUCCGAGAAAAUCGAAAUAAACGCAAUCAUCGACGAUGUACCGAAGAAAGACCUAUCACCGGUGGUCACGCCGAACGACAAUCAGCUGAUCAUGAGCUCCGAUUGAAUCACACGAUGGGCGACAGAGCCGGGUUCGAUUUUUAGAGUGUUGUUCUUUCUUCACGAAGAAAGGGCUAUAACAUCCGCUGAAGUAGUUUAUUAGGGAGUAUAUAACGAACCGGAAGAAAUUUUUACUAAUAACUAGCGUAAAGUAUAAAAGAUAAUAUAUUAAUGUGUAUAUGUACCGAUGAAAUAACGAGUCCGUUUAUCCGUAUUGGCGAAGAGUGAAAGGAUCGUGUGAACGGUAUUGAGAGAGUGUGGUAUGCGUGCGUGUGCGAAAGAGAAUAAGAGAGUAUACCCUUUAACGACAAAAAAAAAAAAAGAAAAGGAAAAAAAAAGAAAAAAGGUAUAUACUAUUGUUUCUGACUGCUUCGGUCGUGCUGGAUAAAGAGAAAAGAAAAAUGGUGUCUCGCUGGAAGAGGAUGAUGAUAAGAACAAGAGGAGAAGAAAAUAAUGCGGAAAGGGAUAUCGGUUGUUUUUGUAAAUAAAUUGAACGCGUUUCCAAGCGGUCUCCGAGAUAUUACCAGAAAAAGAAUGUCCACGUGGUGCUUGAACUGGCCUGUAAAAAAAAACAAACAAAACACACGCGUACACAAAGAGGACAGAGGCGGAACCAACGAGCAAAGCCCCCCCCCCCCUUACGGAAUGUCGUUGAGAGAUGUGAAACUUGAGAUCCGAUGGAAGCGUUACGCGUCACGCUUGACCGCACGAGCCGGUUUCUUAAACAUAUUCUUAAUGUAAAACACGAAGCUGGACGGUCUUUUUAUACUUUUUAAUUUUAUAUGUCCAUUAUACUUGAUAAAUGAUUAAUCGUCGUAACUUUUAUGGAAAAGAACUUAUCUACACACGUUACAUUCACGGACAUACGUGUCUACUUACGAAUUUACACGUUUUACACUAACACUAAACACACACAUACAGACAUACACCGACACACACGGCGAACGACAGGUACACCAUAUAUUUAUUUCUUUUUGUUUGUUCCUAUUCCGAAGUUGACUAUACUGCGAGAGAAUAUUAUACAUUUGUCAUUCAUUAAAUACCAUUCUUAUGUAUUCUCUAUCAAUUUAUGUACAGCACUUUUAUGGGUUCAUGUGAUACAUAUUAUUAAAUAAAUUCGAACAAAUACGAAACGAAC